AUUCAAGAAUUCAUGUAUCAGUCACAAGAAAAUAUCUCACACACAAAAAAAAAGAGUAACCGAAAAUUCACAAAAAACAAACGAACGUGUUAUUAAUUAUUUUCCACAGAAGAGUCUUCACUGGGUCAAGCCCUGCCCCCAGGCUUCCCUGCUCCGUUCCUAUUCGCUGACGGCCUGUCGUCUGUGGAGACACUGCUCACCAACAUACAGGGCCUGUUGAAGGUGGCGGUGGAGAACGCCCGGGUGCAGGACAAACAAAUCCAGGCGGAGAAGAGAGAGCUGAAGAUGGAGCUGUACAGAGAAAGAGAGAUGAGAGAGAGUCUUGAACGACAGCUCACCUCCGAACUACAGAGCAGAGCCUCCAUCCAGAAGCGUCUGAAGAAGGAGAAGAAGGCCAAGAGGAAGCUGCAGGAGGCGCUGGAGUUUGAGUCGAAGAGGAGGGAGAGGGUGGAGGACGCUCUGAAACACUCGUCCUCGUCCUCCCCGUCUCCUGAGCCGCUGCAUGCCGCCAACAACAACAAGAAUGUCCCCGCACAGGUCGCCCAG